GUGAUUGUCCGAUGAGCGGGAACUCCGGGAAAACCUCCAGUGGAGAGUCGAGAGGAAGACAACAUCCCAGAAUUAGAGAAGUUCCCUCUUUUCCAAGAACCAUAGGACAUCGCAAUGGCUCAACGUCUUACUUACCGACGCCGUCUUUCCUAUAACACUCGCUCCAACCGUGUCCGAGUUGUCAAGACUCCCGGUGCCAGACUCGUCUACCAGUACGAGAAGAAGCCCGUCAAGGCUCCUCGUUGCGGUGACUGUGGUGUCGCUCUUGCUGGCCUCAAGGCUCUCCGUGCUCGUGAGUUCGCCACUGUUUCCAAGACCCAAAAGAAUGUCAGCCGUGCCUAUGGUGGUUCCCGUUGCGCUCACUGUGUCAGAAACCGCAUUGUCCGUGCUUUCUUGAUCGAGGAACAAAAGAUUGUCAAGCGUGUCUUGAAGGCUCAGACCCAGAAGAAGUAAAUUGUCCAUCGUGGAUUAUUUGAUCUCUUCGAAAACGCAAUAAACUUUCAUUACCACCCAUUCCACUUGUGAUCGGAUUUCCGUCUUUACUGUGUGCAGUCGUUCAAUUAUCUCUUGAACGAAAUCUUUUGCGUGAAAAGUGGCCAAUGGGGGAGUGAGUCUCUCAUAGUUUUGGGAUAUACAGAUUGGUGGAACGUCAAGACAAGUUAUUCGAGUAGGUUCCAUCUGCAACAGAUCAGCU